CAGCCCUCCCAGGCGCGGGGGACCUUAGCACCAGGUCCGCGCCCUGGAGUAGGCGACGGGUUCCCGCGCGAUCCUCCAGAACCCUCGAGGUGACCAGUGUGCAGCGCCCGGGCGAUAGCAUACCCGAAGAUGCAGGAUGGCUGCGCAAUCGCCCGCCAGCCUCUCCUACCGCACCACGGGCUCCACCUGCCUGCACCCGCUCAGCCAGCUCCUCGGCAUCCCGCUAGACCAGGUUAACUUCGUGGCUUGCCAGCUCUUUGCCUUGUCUGCUGCUUUCUGGUUUAGAAUCUACUUACAUCCUGGUAAAGCCAGCCCGGAGGUCCGUCACACAUUGGCCACCAUUUUGGGCAUUUAUUUCGUUGUGUUUUGUUUUGGCUGGUAUGCUGUACAUCUCUUUGUGCUGGUGUUGAUGUGUUAUGGAGUCAUGGUCACUGCAAGUGUAUCCAAUAUUCACAGGUAUUCCUUUUUUGUAGCAAUGGGCUACCUUACGAUAUGCCACAUCAGCCGAAUAUACAUCUUCCACUAUGGAAUUCUCACUACAGACUUUUCUGGGCCUCUGAUGAUUGUCACUCAGAAGAUUACAACCUUGGCUUUCCAAAUUCACGAUGGAUUAGGUCGAAAAGCUGAAGACCUUUCUGCUGAGCAACACCGACUUGCUGUGAAAGUGAAGCCCUCGCUUUUGGAAUACUUAAGCUACCAUCUCAACUUUAUGAGUGUCAUAGCUGGCCCUUGUAAUAACUUCAAGGACUAUGUAGCCUUCAUCGAAGGGAGACAUAUAUAUAUGAAGUUGCUGGAAAUGAACUGGAAGCAAAGAGGUUUUCAGAGUUUGCCAGAACCUUCUCCCACUAGAGCUGUGAUACAGAAGUUGUGCAUGACUUUGAUGUCUCUGCUGUUGUUUUUGACACUCUCAAAGUCCUUUCCUGUCACCUUCCUUGUUGAUGACUGGUUUGUACAUAAGGCCGACUUUCUGAGUCGACUUUGGUACUUAUAUGUCGUCAUGCAAGCCGCAAAGCCCAAGUACUACUUUGCAUGGACAUUAGCGGAUGCGGUGCACAAUGCAGCUGGCUUUGGGUUCAGCGGCGUGGACGCGGACGGCCAUUCCUGUUGGGAUCUGCUGUCUAACCUGAACAUCUGGAAGAUAGAGACUGCUACGAGUUUCAAAAUGUACUUAGAAAACUGGAAUAUUCAGACAUCUACGUGGCUGAAAUGUGUGUGCUAUGAACGGGUCCCCUGGUACCCUACCGAGCUCACCUUCCUGCUGUCUGCUCUGUGGCAUGGCGUUUACCCGGGAUACUACUUUACAUUCUUAACUGGAGUCCCUGUCACAUUGGCAGCUAGAGCGGUGAGGAACAACUACAGACAUCACUUCCUUUCCUCCAAAGCUCGGAAGGUUGCUUAUGACGUGGUUACCUGGGCCACCACUCAGCUGGCUGUCUCUUACACGGCAGCGCCCUUUGUCAUGUUGGCAGUUGAGCCUACCAUCAGUUUAUACAAGUCUAUGUUCUUUUUCUUACACAUCGUAAGUCUGCUGAUAGUCCUUUUCCUGCCAAUCAAACCACACCAGCUUCAAAGGAAGCCUCAAAGUACAAAUUCUGUACAGAAGAAGGUGGACUGAUACCCACAGAGAGAAGCUGAACAGCAGAAUUGCAGGACAUUGUGAAGACAAAACCAACAGACUUGAGGGUUCUCCAGUGACUUAGAGGAGAUGUUUACAUGCGGUCUUUUUUCACUGCAGGGAAUAUUUUUAUAAAUCCUUUUUUUUUUUUUGUACAGUUAAAUCACCAUGUCUAGCUUUGUCUUCAUAUAUUACAGGGCCUUUCAGUGACACAGUGUAGAGAAUAGGCCACUGGGUUAGCUCUUCUGAAAUCAUUUCCACCUACUGAAAUCUGGAUGCAUGGAUCCAGGCGUUGCCUCCAGAACUUAGGAGAUGUCUGCUGAGACGACUUGUCCAAGAUUUCUGAAAUCAGAACCUUCCCAGACAUGAUUUUCCCCUGGCAACUCCAGACCCUUGGCUGCAUGACUUACUGGGUUGUGGACACAACUCCUAUGCUUAGACGCCCUUGGAAAGAAGUGAUUAUGGAGGAAUGUUUUCAGGGUGUUGAAAAAAAAAAACUCCACAAACUGGGAAGAUUAACCCUGAAUGCUUGAAUGGAUUGAUGUGCCCUCCAGCAGGCUGCAUUACUUCCCCCAGAAAUGCAUCAUUCCCUUCUUUCCUUCUGAACUGAGCCAAGAUUGGAAAUCAGAAAGUUUCCUGCCUGUGUGCCCCUGGAGCUGGGGAGCAGAUGGGGGCUACUGCUUUCCAUUUUGACUGCUUUGAUCUGUGUGACUUGACCUGAGUUGGCCCUGAGAAGGCACCCAGACACUGACACUGUCAAAGGUGACUGAAUACCUUUUCAAGAAAUAAUUGCUUUCAGUAGGUAGAGGCUCUGUCUUCUCCCUGCAUAUGUUGAAAGUGUCAGUGAUCAUGGCCAACAUGUAGACACAAGCUGAUUUUUGUAAUGGAUUAAUUCCAUUGUAAUGGAUGCAAUUGCAGCUUUAUUUUAGGUGAACUGUCAUGCUGGGAAGCUGCAACUGAAUGAUAAUGCUCUACUCUGUCUUCAUUAUGAUUGUGCUGUGGCUCCUUUGGGGCAUUUCUACUGGGUGAAAUAGUCUGUGUGAAAGAAGGAAACACAUAUUUAAAACGUGGAAAAUAAUAAUAAUGAUAAUUAUAAUAAUAGUAAUUAUAAUAAUAGAAUAUAUGCUUCAGUGAUGUGUUCUCAAUCAAAUGGCCUGGGAGCUGAAAAUUUGAUCUGAUCAGAUGAUAAAAAAAAAUCAGUUUCUCACUGAAUAAAUAAUAUAUUUCUAUUUUAGGAAAUGAUUCCUUAUGGAAGAAUUGUUUGUUUGUCUCGACUUGUGUGUGUUUUCACAAAUGUGUACACAACUGAGGCUUUCUUUGUCUUAAGUUCUAGCACUGUAACAUGGUCAGUGCUCUCCGUGUUACAUCAGAAAUGGGGACAGUUUUGGUUUCUUUAUAUGAUUUCUUAUCUUCAUUUACAGCAUUGUAAGUAUGCUUAUUGUAGCAUGAAUCUUAAAGGUACUUACUAAUAAAAACAAACCCAGAGCUAGGUAUUGGGUUAAAGCUGGAAGAUCAGAGAAGCAGAACAAGCCACAGCUUCCUCACCUCACUAAUUCCUCAGCUGAUCCUGUUUCCUCAGACUGGAUGCCUCUCAGCUGAACUGUGCUGCUCAAAAGCCUAAAAGCUUAACCAGGCUAUAGUUCCUCAUCCUCAUGCCUUAAAUACCUUUCUGCCUCCUGCCAUUACUUCCUGGGAUGAAAGGCAUGAGUCACCAUGCUUGGCUGUUUCCAGUGUGGCCUUGAACUCACAGAGAUCCAGGCAGAUCUCUGCCUCUGGAAUGCUAGGAUUAAAGGCAUGUGCCACCAUUUUCUGGCCUCUAUAUCUAGUGACUGUUCUGUUCUCUGACCCCAGAUAAGUUUAUUAGAGUGCACAAUAUUUUGGGGAACACAAUACCACCACAUUAUAUUCCCUUACAAAGGAAGGGACUGUGGAGUACAGACAUUGGCUAGUGGCCUCAUGUUACAGAAUUAGUGAUGUCACUGAGACUUCAAUCCAGGGCCAUGGGCUUUUCCAUGAGGUACUGCUGUGGGAUGGUCUGUAUGUCAAGUGUGUUGCUGAUUGUCAAUAAAUAAAUCACUGAUUGACCAGUGGCCAGGCAGGAAGUAUAGGCGGGACAAGGAGGAGAAUAAAGCUGGGAAGUGGAAGGCUGAGGCAGAGACACUGCCAGUCGCCACGAUGACAACUAGCAUGUGAAGAUGCCGGUAAGCCACGAGCCACGUGGCAAGGUAUAGGUUUAUAGAAAUGGAUUAAUUUAAGCUGUAAGAACAGUUAGCAAGAAGCCUGCCAUGGCCAUACAGUUUGUAAGCAAUGUAAGUCUCUGUGUUUACUUGGUUGGGUCUGAGCGGCUGUGGGACUGGCAGGUGAGAGAGAUUUGUCCUGACUGUGGGCCAGGCAGGAAAACUCUAGCUACAAGGUACCCUUCCAGUGUGUCUUAGGACAGUGAAAUGAGGAAGUCUUCUACUUUGACUUUUAAAGUAUGUAUCAGUCUUGGUGCUGAGUAAGAGGAUGUAAAACCCUUCCUGGGGUUUCAUGGGGGAUUGGUUCAAGAACCACUUUCUGAUUCCAGAGUCUAAUGAUGAUCAAGUUUCUUAUGUAAAAUGGCAUAGAAUUUGCAUAAAAUUUAUGCAUAAUCUCUUGUGUAUUUUAACCAGUCCUUGAAUUGCGUAUAGUAGCUAACAGAGUGUAAGUUCUGGGUAAAUUAUUGUUAUAGUGUGAUGUUUAGGAGAGAGAAAGGAAGAUACCUAUAUGUGUUCAGUGUAACCAUCCCCUCCUCCCAAUGUGGCAGAAACAGAAACAAAUGAGCCAGUAGGAAGCCAGAGGAAGUAGAUAGCAGAAGAGAAAACGUGUGGAAGCUGAUGGUGAUGGGGAGAAUGCAACAACCAGUGGGAGGUUUCUUGCAUGCAACAGCUGAGAGGCAAGGAUCAGAGUAUCCUGGACCCCGAGUUCCUCCACAGUGUUGUAGUGAA